GCGCGUCGUUGGCACUCUUGGCAGCGUAGUCCGCCGUCGACCAUUGCUGUCAGCUGGACGGUCCCGUCAGAUGGUGUCGUGAAUCCUGUAAAAUCACAUCGAUCGGUGCGCGACGGAGCCAGAGUCAAGAUGAGCGGUGGUAUGCCAGAGCUGGGCUCGAAGAUCAGCUUGAUCUCGAAGGCGGAUAUUCGCUAUGAGGGCCGUCUGUUCACCGUCGAUCCACAGGAGUGCACAAUCGCCCUGGCUAACGUGCGCUCCUUUGGCACGGAAGAUCGAGAAACUCAACUUCCUGUGGCACCACAAAACCAGGUGUACGAAUAUAUCCUGUUUCGCGGGUCGGACAUCAAAGACAUCAGAGUCGUCAACAAUGUUAGUUCUAUUCCCAACGAUCCAGCUAUCGUGCAGAUGACAGUGCAGCCAUCUAUGGGCCAGCAAUCGUAUCAACCGCAGCCCAGCUAUGCUCAUCCGAUGAUGGGCCAGAUGGGCCCGAUGGGUGGCCAAUACGGUGCCCCCUAUGGCAUGGGCAUGGGAGCCAUGGGCCCGGUAAUGGGAAUGCCAACCGCAGCUAGAGAUCCACGCGGAGCAAUGAAUAAACAGCCAAGUGAGUUGAGCUUGGGCUCCGCUGAACCCAAUGCCAUCUCUAUCCCAAACUCACUGCCAACGGCCAGUAUCGACCCAUUACCAAAAGAUCAAUCUCUGGAAGAUGGUGUACUAGAUCUCAUCAGUGGUGGUUCCCGUUCUACCACUCCUACAUCGUCUUUAUUAACAAGGAAAAGUCCUACUAUGGAUCAAGGUAUUCAGGUAGGACACGAACAACAGCAGCAGGGCAAUAACAUUGGCAAAUUGAAUGACAAGACAAAUAUCAGGACCGUCCAACCGCCUCGUCGAGAUCAUGAUAGUCACGGAGGUACCAAAAACAACGCGGGUAUGUCUCACAAUCAGUAUAAUGACGCGAAGAGGGACAUGAUGAAGCACCAUGAUGGCCAGAACCAAGGUCAUAUGCAAGGCGGUCGAGGCAAUCGCGGUGGUUGGGUAAAUCGUGGCAACAUGAGAGGUCGAGGAGGCAGAGGACGCGGUGGUUUCCGUACAAAUCAAACGAACAACGCUGGCACCAAGCCUAAGACUUCACUGAAGUUUGAUAAUGACUACGAUUUCGAGCAAGCUAACACUGAGUUCGAGGAAUUGAGGUCACAAUUGGCGAAAACGAAGAUCGACGGUGCUGAAAAUGAGAAGAAGGACGAUAGUGGAAACGAGACAGGCGCUGGUGAAGGUGAACCUGAGGAGGAUGGUCACCCGGAAAUAAGCCUUGGCUAUGAUAAGUCGAAAUCAUUCUUUGAUAAUAUUAGCUGUGAAGCUGUUGAAAGAAGUAAAGGGCGAUUCCAACGCACGGAUUGGAGAACGGAACGAAAGCUGAAUUCAGAAACGUUCGGUGUAGCAUCCACGAGACGCGGUGGAUUCCGCGGCCGUGGUUACUACAAUCGCGGAAUGGGAGGCAUGUACAGAGGCGGCGGCGGCGGUGGCGGCAAUAACAUUGGAUUCCGCGGCGGCUAUCGGGGUAGCAGGGGUGGUAAUCGCAAACCCCCCAACCAACUACAGAAUAACACGGGGAGUCAAAAUCGCGCGACCAACGAACAGUCUGCCUCUCAGUCGCAGGCAAGCGUUAUCUAAAAUAUUAAAAAAAAAAAAAAAAAAGAAUGUAAUUUGUCACCGGUAUUGGCGUGAAAGAGUAAAAAUAUGCCGGGAAGAAUGAGCGAUGCGCUGCUACGUAUAAGUAUACACAACUAUAGAUUAAGAUUUUUACGAUAUGUGCUCUACCGUUACGGACUGAUUUGGGUUAGAAUUUGGGCAGUCGAAUUAACAGAAGAUACACACCGGCCGGAUUAAAUGUAGAUUAUUAUUAUAUAACGGAGCGGUAAUGCAAUCGCCAAACCGGUGGUUACGUGUUAGGUGACAAGAAUCGCACACACAAUGGACGUUGCUGGCGCAUAUGACUUUUUGCAUCGAUAUUUUGCGGCUGGAUGAUCGAAGAAGGUACUUUUAGAGACAAAUUUUCUUACCGCUUAGUCGACAAUGAUCACGAUGAAUUGGCGUUGAAAAGAGAAUAGAACGUUUUUCGUCAGGGAAGCGAAGUCAAUUACACGAUUAGAACGUUCCUUGUUCUUUUUUUUUUUAUAUUGAUACUUAUUUGUGUGGAUUCAGAUGUGAAGUUAGAGAGGGGGAAAUUACUCGUGAAGGGACUAGUCGUAAGUGUUUUACUUAAAGUAUAUGUCUGUUAAUAAAAUUCUUAAUGGGAUAAUCUGAAACCGCUUUAAACAAAGCCGCGAUGGCGUAUCUGUUUGUAGUUAGGGAAAAAGAAAUUUGUACAAUUCGAUCGUGAUCAUUUUUCAGUCCGGUUUUCUCAAGACUUGACUAUAAAUAAUUAUGGAAUGGCUUUAUGGUGAUGGUGACUUGAUAAUACUGGUCGUUAUGGAAUAGCUGGAUUGUAUCCGUAUAUCGGAAGUGAAUGGCAACAGACGUGCAUAAAAGUACUUUCUCGUCAAAGUAUGUAAAAAUCGAUUGUAUCUAAUUGCAUUUUUCAAGAAUAGGAAUAUUGUGAGGUAUAUAGUACAAGGUAAAUCUGAUAAAAAAAUUGAUAUUUUUUUCUUUUGUUUUGGUUUUUUUGAGUGUACGCAGACAAAGUUUUUCGAGUCCUUGGGCACCGAAGUUCAUAUAACGUAUGAUUUUAUUAGGGCGGAUUAAUAUAAGUGGGAAAUAAGCGAAAGCGCCAGUUUAUAUAAAAAAUUUUUGUAUUAUUAAAUUUAUAAUCUUACGAUCCGCCUACUCUUUCUUUGCAAGAUCUGCAUCUAGAAUUAUGAAAGAUAUAAGCGUCAAGUCUUAUUGUAAGUAACUAAGUUCUAAAUCAUGUUACAUAAUUGUCAUCGUGUUCUGCAAUUAAGGAUUCCUCGAUUGCUUUCAUAUAUGUGUACAGAGUAGUCCUGAUUAUUACAAUUAUAAGCCUACAUUAUAAUCAGUAAUUAUAUCGAACGUACAAU